AUGUCGGCCAACAUGACGGCGAGGCCGCUGUGCCCACUCCUGGAGCACAUGAGCCACCUGCAGGGCCACAGCAACUCCAGCAUCCGCUACAUGGACCACGCGUCCGUGGUGCUGCACGGGCUGGCCGCGCUGCUGGGCCUGGCGGAGAACGGGCUGGUGCUCUUCCUGGUGGGCUGUCGCAUGCGCCAGACCGUGGUCACCACCUGGGUGCUGCACCUGGCGCUGUCCGACCUGCUGGCCGCCGCCAGCCUGCCCUUCUUCACCUACUUCCUGGCCGUGGGCCACUCGUGGGAGCUGGGCACCACCUUCUGCAAGCUGCACUCGUCCGUCUUCUUCCUCAACAUGUUCGCCAGCGGCUUCCUGCUCAGCGCCAUCAGCCUGGACCGCUGCCUGCAGGCGCUGCGGCCCGUGUGGGCGCAGAACCACCGCACCGUGGCGGCCGCCCACAGGGUGUGCCUGGCGCUCUGGGCGCUGGCGGCGCUCAACACGGUGCCCUACUACGUGUUCCGGGACACCAUCCCGCGGCGGGACGGCCGCAUCAUGUGCUACUACAACCUGCUGCUGCUGAGCCCCGGGCCCGACCGCGACGCCACGUGCCACGCGCGCCAGGUGGGGCUGGCGGUCAGCAAGUUCCUGCUGGCCUUCCUGGCGCCGCUGGCCGUCAUCGCCGCCAGCCACCUGGCCGUGAGCGCGCGCCUGCGCCACCGCGGCCGCCCGCGCUCCGGCCGCUUCGUGCGCCUCGUGGCGGCCGUGGUGGCGGCCUUCGCGCUCUGCUGGGGGCCCUACCACGUCUUCAGCCUCCUGGAGGUGCGCGCGCACGGCCAGCCCGCGCUGCGGCCGCUCGUGUGGCGCGGGCUGCCCUUCGUCACCAGCCUGGCCUUCUUCAACAGCGUGCUCAACCCGCUGCUCUACGUGCUCACCUGCCCCGACAUGCUGCGCAAGCUGCGGCGCUCGCUGCGGAGCGUGCUGGAGAGCGUGCUGGUGGAGGACGAGCUGGCCGGCAGCCUGCGCCGCGGCUCCUCCUCCGCCGCCGCCCCCGCGCCCCGGCCCGCGCGCCUGCUGGGCUGGCUGCGGGGGGGCCGCGCCGCGCCGCCCGCCAAGGGCCGGGGGUCCCGGGAGGAGGAGGGCCCCCUGAACCGGGCGCUGAGCAACACCUCGGGCUAG